AUGCCUCCCACUCGGGACCCUUUCCAGCACCCUAUGCCAGAUAACGACGAUUCCUACCUGGGAAAACAGCAGGCUUCCAAGAAACCGCCGUACAAGAAUCCAACUCAUCUGGCUCAGCAACAAGAACCCUGGAGCCGGCUCAACUCCACUCCCACAAUUACCUCCAUGAGGCGUGAUGCCUAUUUUUUUGACCCCAAGACACCAAAGGAUGACCUGGACUUCCGCUUAGCAGCCCUGUACAACCACCAUACCGGGGCGUUCAAGGACAAAAGUGAGGUACUAUUACACGAGGAGACCAUCCAACCAUCUUCUAGAAUCAAGAUCCAAUUCCCUGGAGAAUCUUCACCCGCUCCUCUGCUACCCCCUAUCACUUCCCGGGCUAACAUCAGACACUGGAUCAACCCAAAGAAGGAGUCUAUUCACAGCAUCCAGGGAUCUAUAGUGUCCCCUCACACUGCAGCCACCAACAGAGGUUACUCCCGAAAGAACGACGGUGGCUUCUUCUCCACCUAGGCCCCUGGACGGAUGGAUCGUGGGGGCACCUGCUGUCGUCUGCCUCCAUUAAACAGAUUUGUUCAAGAUGAAGUCUGAAGUGUCUCUUACCCACGGACUACGAGUUGCCACUUGACUCUUAAAAUACGG